CCACCAGCGUGCCUUGUCCCAGCUGCCGGAGGUUCCUCCACCCACAAACUUGUCAGUGCUGGAGCUGAGAAGAUGAUCAUCACACGACCAGAUUUUGGAUUUUUUGAUCCACCCGGAUCCAAAGACAUCUCGAUCACUCGUACUGCUGGAGCACCAAAAGAAAACAAGUUGGGCAUUCACUGUUGCACGUGCCGAUGCAACUGAUGCCCAGGCUGCCUUUGCUGGAGUCGUCCCAGCUGGAACUGUCACGACUCCGAUGUCGGCUACCGCCUA